AUGGAGGGCGCGGCGGUAUACCACACCGGGAUGGCGCAGUCUGCAUAUACCAAUCUGAGAAGCCGUUCAGGCAAUGGCACGACACAGGGCUCCACGCUGGUUACCCGAGCAGGUCCCAGCGAGGGGGUGGGCGAAUCUAUACCUUUGAAAGAAAUCAAGGUCCUCGACCGCGAUGGACAGCCUGCUCAUGACGCUGAUAUGAAUUCAGUACAGAGUCAGCAAGAGGUUCGUGAGGCGAUGCUUCCCUAUCAGGCUACCGUGGCAGUGUUCGAAGAUAACGGCACCAUGCAGGGACUGGGAAACGGCAAAGAUAGCGAAGGAGACGAAGUAAACGAAGCAAACGGGGUUAUGACUGAGGGUAGGGCGUUAAUAGCCGAUACAUCGCUCACUAUCGGUGCACCCUCCGAUCACAAUGACUCAAGGGAAGUCUCCACAGAUGGAAAAUUGGACGAGGAACUAGUGAGGAAGGUGCUACAAGACGCGCUCGAAGCAAAACGAAAACAAGAGGAUCCAUGGGUGAAGUGUGCGAAGGAGGUGUGGGAGUUUGAGGAGUCGUUGGUAGAGAAAUGGAAAGAGGACAUCAAUAACCUAUUGCUCUUCUCAGGUCUAUUCUCCACCGUCCUCACCGGGUUCAUCGUUCCUUUCUAUGUCACCCUCGCCGCCACACAGGCACUCAUCUCCAUGUCAGGCCAUCUCAGCGUCGUCGCGGCUGAUGCGGGACACACCACCAUUGCCAACUGGUUGAUCUCCCUUUCCGCUGACUCUCAGUUCUCUUCUGGACCAUCAUCCACAAUCAUUGCUGUCGCCGUGCUGUGGUUCGCCGCACUGAUCCUCAGUCUUGGUGCGGCGUCGGUAUCAAUCUCCAUUAGCCAAUGGUUGCACCACCACGUUAAUGGCACUUCGAAGACAUCGCAGAGGAGCGUUCGUGUGUGGUUCUUCCGCCGCCGAGGAUUGACACGCUGGGGUGUCGAGCAAGCUGUGGCUAUUCUGCCGCUUCUGCUACAGUUUGCUCUUGUCCUCUUCCUCCUUGGCCUCGACAUCCUUCUUUGGACGCUCAGCACUGCAGUGGCAGGCGUUGCAACCGUCCUCAGUAUCUUGCUCCUUGUACCCACCAUUUUCACAGCCAUCAUCCCAUCCCUUUCGCCGGACUGUCCUUUCAAAUCGGCGCAGGCGUGGUGGUUUUUCCGCUUCUGGAGAUGGGCCAUGCGGCAGUUCGAAAAGUUGUGGUUCGGCGGGACUGGAAGCGGAAAAAUCAUAUGCAGGAUCUGGAACCAGUGCUGCCGGACAGAGAAGUGGAGGACACGUCGGGACCUGCCUGCAUUGGGAGACUGGAGGGAGCUGGACAACUUCUGUAUGCAAACACUGGAGGAUGUCGAUGGAACCAAGCUGAAAAUGCUUGUCGAGGCCAACUCGCGUGUCAUGGACGAGACAUUUCUCAGCACCGUCGUCCAACCUUGUCUUCUGCAAGCUGAUGUCAGCGAAGCGCUUCUCGCAUUCUACGAGAUCGUGGAUCACCGAGCACACGAUCACGAUCAAGACGAAGAACAUUCACCACGCUGGUAUUAUCGAGAACGGGACUAUCAGGUUGUUGACAUGCUGGGGCACAUGUCGAUUGCCUUGUUUGAGAAGGUCGCGUCCAACGAGACUCGCAUGGAUGAUGAAACCCGCAAAAAGGAGCAAAAGCACAUUUUGAAACUUGUCAACCGUCUUCUAAAUGGGAUGCCGAGGACGACGUCCGGAGUUUACAGCUGGCUUUUGGACAUGUGGGCGACGACAAACAUCCCUGAUGAAAUACGCAUCGAUGUCGCCCUGUCCCUCGGUAGGCACCAUUGGUGGUUCCACUCUGUCGGUAUCGACACAAGUACUUGCCAGAAGAUCGUCACAUUCCUUUCAAACACCAGAAAGGAGCUCGGCAGCGGCAUCAGAUCAUUCCAAUGUUCAAAUGCUGUAUUGUGUCUUUCUGCGGAUUUCCCUUUAUCGCACUCUGGUCCAUUAUGCGAAGACAUUCAAGGCGCGCUGGGCAUUGUGGCGAAAUAUAUUAGCUCGUCCGACAUAAAGUUCGUGGCCCAGGAGAUCACUGCAGCACAUGAAUGGCCGUAUGUCUACCGCAUGAUUAAGGCAUGUGCGAGCAUCAUCAAACGGGAUGCUAGCCUGUUCACGAAGCAUACUAUUGACUCAUUGGCGAGAUGUGCUGAGCAGUGGCCCCCGGAUGAUGAUCAGUAUGCCAACACACAAAGGGCAAUGAAGCGGAUACGGAAGCGGUUUGCACAAUCUCAGGAGAAGCAGUGA